AUGUCUGCGGAUCAAUUUAAUGAAUUACUUAGAACAGUCGCAGCCAGUCCAGGCACCAACAAUUCCAGCGGUAGUUUUAGUAAAUGCACCGCACGUUUUAGCGGUAAACGAUGUCAUAAUACAGUUGAAACAUUCAUAACAACGGUGUCAAUUUAUAAAGAAAUUGAAAAGAUUUCAGAAGCAGACGCACUAAAAGGGUUACCUUUACUGCUUACUGACAAUGCAGCUGUAUGGUGGCAAGGCGUCCAGAACGAAGCCAAAACCUGGAACGACGCUACCCAAUUACUUAGAACAGCAUUCUCACCAUCUAAACCUGCACACCAAAAGAGGGCGUUACUCGCUCAACUGCCCCUCAACAGACAAGACGAACAGACCCAAUUGGACUUAAUAUAUGGAUUGCUGAGUCUCCACAUACGGAAAGAAGUACCCCGAGAUAAAAUAACCACGUUCAGUGAGCUUUUAGAUAAAGGCCGACAAUGUGAGGAGAUUCGCAAAGAAGCUAUCCCAGAUAAAGGAAUAGACGAGAAACAAGGCACUUCAACAAAACGCAAGCCGGCACGAUGUGGAUUUUGCCACUUCAAAGGCCACACAACUGAUGUGUGUAGAAAGCGGCAGACUAAAGAAAAUGAAAAGCAUCCCGGUACCGACAAAGCACCUGAUACGCAGAAUUCAUUGAAAGAAUUGCCCCAAACCAAUAAUGGUAUCAUAUGCUAUGGAUGUGGCAAGGCCGGUUACUACAGAAGCAAUUGUCCAGUAUGUACAGCUUCGCGACCUAACGUAAACACCCAAGCUGUGAAUUUUACUCCUUCAAUACACUACAAAGCUUAA